UGGGCUUGGCCCGGCCCGGCUGCUGUGGUCUCUGGCUCCGUUUGGUCGCUGCCUGCCCUCGCAGUAGGCCUCUCUGUUUUCAGCGGAGACGGUGGUGAUGUCGAGCGGUUGCUCAGUGAUGUUGAACAGCCGUCCCUGGAAGUGUUCAGCUUGAACAGUACCCCAGGUGUGACCAUAAAAUAUGACUCUUUGCCUGCUGCGCCAAACUUCAUAAGUACUUCUCUUGCAACUUGGUCACUUGGAUUCAACUAUAAUGCAGCAAGCUUUAGAACAGGCACUGGAUCGUGCAGAGUAUAUCAUUGAAAGUGCUCGUCAGAGACCUCCCAAAAGAAAAUAUUUAUCCAGUGGAAGAAAAUCUGUAUUUCAAAAACUCUAUGAUUUAUAUAUAGAAGAAUGUGAAAAAGAGCCUGAGAUAAAGCAGAAGCUGAGGCGAAAUGUGAAUUUACUUGAGAAGCUGGUUAUGCAGGAGACGUUGUCAUGUCUGGUAGUGAACCUCUAUCCGGGAAAUGAGGGUUAUUCACUUAUGCUCAGGGGAAAAAAUGGUUCAGAUUCAGAGACCAUACGACUGCCUUAUGAGGAAGGAGAACUGCUUGAAUAUUUGGAUGCAGAGGAGCUACCGCCUAUUUUGGUUGAUCUCUUAGAAAAAUCUCAGGUUAAUAUUUUUCACUGUGGAUGUGUCAUAGCAGAAAUACGUGACUAUAGGCAGUCUGGUAACAUGAAAUCUCCAACAUACCAAAGCAAGCACAUUCUUUUGCGUCCUACAAUGCAGACUUUAAUUUGUGAUGUUCAUUCUAUAACAAGUGACAACCACAAAUGGACACAGGAGGACAAACUCCUACUUGAGAGCCAACUUAUUUUGGCUACAGCCGAGCCUUUGUGUCUUGAUCCGUCAAUAGCAGUGACUUGUACUACAAACAGACUCCUGUACAACAAGCAGAAAAUGAAUACUCGCCCCAUGAAACGGUGUUUCAAAAGGUACUCAAAGUCAUCUCUGAACAGGCAGCAGGAAGUAGCUCACUAUUCAACUCCACCUCAGCUCAGAUUAGUUGACUACUUACAGAAAAAGAAGGAGAAAAAAGGAGCCCAGCAGUAUGACCUCAAGAUUUCUAAAGCUGGAAAUUGUGUAGAUAUGUGGAAACAGAACCCUUGCUACUUGACUGCACCUUCUGAAGUGGAUGUGGAAAAAUACGCCAAAGUGGAAAGUUCUAUCAAGCCUGAUGACUCUCAACCAACUGUUUGGCCAGCACACGAAGUAAAAGAUGAUUAUGUGUUCGAAUGUGAAGUUGGUAAUCAGCUGCAAAAAACAAAGCUGACCAUUUUUCAGUCUCUUGGCAAUCCGUUGUACUACGGUAAAAUUCAGACACUCAAAGGUGAUGAUGAAAGUGACCACUUAGUUCCACCACAGUUCCUCAUUGGUUCCAAGACUGAUGCUGAAAGAGUGGUGAACCAGUAUCACGAGUUGGUAAAAAGCGAAGCUAAAUGUCCUGUGAAAAUGUUUCAUAAUUCAGGUGGAUCAAUCAAUCUUAGUCAUCUUUCUCCAGGGAAGGAAAUGGAACAGCCAGAAAGUAUAUCAGGCUCUGUUCAGUCUUCAGUAUUGGGGAAAGGUGUAAAACACCGACCUCCUCCCAUCAAAUUACCUUCAAGUUCAGGAAGUAGCUCUUCAGGUAAUAUCUUUAGUCCACAGCAGUCAAGUGGCCAUCUAAAAUCCCCAACUCCUCCACCUCCUCCACCCUCUUCUAAGCCACCUGGUCUUUCUCGGAAACAAUCUAUGGAUCUUAACCAAGUUAGCAUGCUCUCUCCAGCUGCCAUGUCUCCUGCGAGCUCUUCACAAAGGUCUGGAACUCCUAAACCAUCUACUCCUACUCCAACCAACACCCCUUCAUCGACCCCACACCCUUCUGAUGCUCAGAGCUCAACUCCUAUUACCCCUUCUGCCACCCCUACUCCCCAAGAAUCAGGCUUCACCCCUCAGCCCACUUUGUUAACCCCGUUUGCUCAGCAGCAGAUGUCUCUGAGCCAGGCACUGCCUGUAAUGACCAUUCCUCUUUCCACCAUGGUAACAUCCGUUACUACAGGAACAACCUCCACCCAGGUCAUGGCAAACCCUGCAGGACUUAACUUCAUCAAUGUAGUGGGCUCUGUGUGUGGAGCGCAGACAUUGAUGAGUGGUUCAAACCCUAUGUUGGGGUGCAACACUGGUGCCAUAGCCCCUGCAGGUAUAAAUCUGAGUGGCAUUUUACCAUCAGGAGGUCUGGUACCAAGUGCACUGCCCGCUGCAAUGCAGUCUGCCUCUCAAGCAGGCAGCCCUUUUGGUUUGAAAAAUGCAUCAAAUCUUCGGCCCUUAAAUCUUCUACAGGGGUCUGACCAAGGUCCAUCAAAUCAAGAUCAGGCAUUGUCAGCCCAACAAGCUGCUGUUAUUAACCUGACGGGAGUAGGGAAUUUCAUGCAACCUCAAGCCACAGCAGUUGCGAUUCUUGCAGCAUCAAAUGGCUAUGGCAGCAGCAGCAGCACAAGCAGCUCAUCUGCGACAGCAGCAGCAUUCAGGCAGCCACUCAAAAAGUAAAAGGAAAAGAGCCACACCUGCCCUUCCAAAAUCCUGAGACUUGCUUUUUUUUUUUCCUUAAUAUAAAAAUGAUUUAAAGGUGAUUUUUUUUCCCCUGUUUAAAAAGGAUAAAGCUUAAAAACAAAUCAGUGUUUUAUAGUACUGUUGGGAAAUGGAACUUUUGACGUUACACUGAAAAAAGAUGAACUUGGUGGAAGCCAACCCUACAUAACAGUGACUUCAUCAAUAAAGCAGCUGGGGUCUGGCUUCCUUAAGUCACUUAAUUUUUUUAACAGAAUGUUUUAUCUUGUAUUUUUUAUCAUUCAGCAGCAUUGUACAUAGUAAAAGGGUGGAAACAGAAGAAAAUGAACUUUGUAUAUGUAGUAUUAGUAUUUGUUUAUUUAGUAUAAAAAGGUUUGUGAACACCGUAACAAAUACAAUUUUUACAAAUCCA